AUGGAGGCACUAUCCGGAAUCGAAGCAGACAUCGAAUCGUUUUUCAACGAACAGGAUCAACAGAGACCAUCAUCAGACGGCUGCAAACAGGUUCCGUGGUUGAAUUGGGAAGAGUGGGACUUCGUCAGAGAAUCUCUCUUCUCUUCUUCUACUGAUAGAGCUUCUUCUGCUUUGGAAAGGGUUGCAACAUGGAGAAGUAGAGGAUCACUUCCAGCGCCUGUGGAUGUUACUGCUUCCCUUAUUGAAAUUCAACUCAAAGAUGGCUUUAUUCCUAGAGAAAAACAACCAGCAGAUGCAUUGUAUUCAGAGCAUUUACUGCAAAUGCUAUACUGUAUGGGAAUACUCAGGCUUGUGAACUGUGUCAUUGAAAGGACAAGGAGGAGAGCAGAUGUUUCAAUUGCGGAUGCAGCUAAAGCAAUCGGUAUACCUCGUAAAUUGAUCGAUCUCCGUCAUGAGGGUUCUCACCGUGAGCUCCCUGCGCUCUCGGUGCUUCGGGAUGCUACAGAUGAGGCACUUGAAUGGUUGAAAUCUUAUUACUGGGAGCCUCAGAUGUACCAAAUCCCCUUGAAGAGAGAUGGGACGGCUAGCAUCAGAAGAGAAGUCAAAUCCAAACUCCGGAAACUUGCUCUCUGCUUGCGGCUCAAGCGCAAUCCUCAAUUUGACUCCCCUAUGAUCAAAGAAAAAUGUUCUAAAAAAAGGAUAAGGAAGAUUGUAAGCAGCCUGGUUGAGUUAUACCCUUCUUUCUCCGCAGAAAUUACAUCUGUGCUGCUUGAAUUCUUACUCAAGGCCAUGGAUUCUUCUAAGUCGGCAGAACUUCAGGAUCAGUCUGCCCAAGAUUCCAAGGUCGUACUAGAAGAAGAAUGGAAAACUGUAAUCGUGGAAUUCUCAAAUAGAGAACCCGAGUUACUUUUGAUUCUACUCAAGGCAGUCCUUGAUGUGAUCGAAAAUAAUGAACGGAGAAGAUAUGAAACUGAUGUGCAUCUUACGGAAAAGUCAGCUGAAGAGGCUUCUCAAGUUAAGCAUGUCCCUUUGCUGUUUGCAUGGCUUGUGACUGUUCUCAAUGACUCUAAGCAUUUUCAAAGAAACAGUGCUCUACAAGUAAAAUCUUCAGAUAUGUUCCUUAUGGAACUUAUACGUAAAUGUCUGGUCUUGGGAGCCUUAGGAUACGUGCUGGUUUUGAAAUCAGCACUCCUACUCGGGGAGAUUGUAGGAGGCCAUGUCUUGAGAAAGAAGCUCAUGAAACUUCCCGUCAUGCAUAGUAGUAUUUCAUUGGAACAGAGUUCUACUCUUGUAACCACUCCUACGACUCUCCUUGAGCAAGAGAAGAAUCUCGGUAGUGUCGGCAAGAGACUCGACUUUAUCAAAGUUCAACUCUCAAAGAAGAAAGGUAAUGACACAGAGCAAACCAAUAUCAGAUGGAGAAAGGCGAAAAUGUGGAGCCCCUGUCCAAUUGGUAUGUUGCCACGGAUCAUCGGAUCUUCUGGACGUUUACCUCUUCUUGACUGUCAGAAUGUUCAGAGCAUCUCAAAACAGCCACAGGGUAACAAGAGAGGAGCCGAGUGCAGUAGUGAGCAAUUGGAGAAGUCGACAUGCAAGCGAAGGAAGAACGCAGAAGAUCCUGAACCAAAUGCUGUGGCAUUGGAAAGAUACGAGGAAGAAGCUGAGAUGGAUAUAGAACAUGCAUAUGAGGAUAUUGAAACUGAAGGAGAAGAAGAGAAUCUGAUGUUGAAGGACGAAGAGGAAAGCAGAAGCUGCCUUAUGAUAGGUGGUGAAUGGAAAAGAGUUCAAGAUGGAGAGCUUUGGGCAAUGGCUUCUAAUAUUAAAAUUUGUGUUUGA